UCAAUAAGUUUGAUGUCAAAAUUAGGAGUGAACUUUAUAUUUAGAAUCACAUUAUCUAUUAACCUUGAUUUCAGAACAUUCCUAUAUUGAUCACUUCAUCAGACAGUUACCGAGAAUCGAAAUGUUCUUUGUGUUUAUCUUGAUGUUUGUUUGUUGUGAUGGAUUUCUUAUUGAUACCACAAACCCUCCAGGCACUGGGCAAUACAUGACAGAUAAACAUUAUAAGGCGUUAAUGGAUUUAUUUUUCGAGGAAAGACAAGCCCGCCUCCAUUUGGAGUAUGCUGUGACGCAACUGCAGCACGAGCUUGUGAAAACGCAAACGGCAGUUGGAAAUAAGCUUCUAGAGUCGAAUAAGUAUAACAAGACAAUAGAACAAUAUGUAAAAGAAUUGAAAAAUAAAACGGAAGUACUUGACAUUCGCUUAUUUGAUGUCGAAAGUGACAAUAUUCAACUGAAAACGGAGUUAAAUUCCCUUCGAAAAAGCCAUUCUGAGCUGAAAGUGCAAUACAAUCAAAUAAAGCAGAACUAUGCAUCGUUCGAGAAUAAAACGCAUUAUUUUGAUACCGAAAUUCAGUCGCUGAAGCAGCUGAAAAGUGUUACUGACCUACAAGCCGUGUUUAGAAUUAGCAAUCAAACGGACCAUUUAGAACACGAACUACAAAAUACCAACAGUCAAAUUGUUGUUUUACAAUCUAGUGACAACGCACGUAAGCAGGACUUCCUAGCACUUUAUAAUAAAACCAUGGUAGUGGAACAGUCGAUGAAUAACCAAUUUCAGUCUUCCGAAACGAUCAACAAAGCUCGAAUCCAGAAGGUAGCAGUAGAUGUCAGUCAAAAUUCCAUAAAAGUGGCUAAGGCGUUGGACGAUAUAACAGCUUAUAAUCAGAGAACUGCAGUCUCAUUAUAUCCUGUUUAUAAAACGUAUUCAUCAGGAUCGACCAUCAUGUUUAACGGCAUAAGAUCAUCAAAUGGAUUAAACAGUACACGUUUAGCCAACAUCCGAAACAAAGGCUACUUUACUUGUGACAAUGAUGGAUUAUAUCGGAUUUCUGUUUCUUUAAUGACAAAAACAGCAGGAUGUCGGGUUGACGUGUUUACAAACAACAGUUUGAGGAAUCACAUAUAUGCGCACAAUGUUCAUGACUCAGACUUUAACACUAUGACGUUUGAUUCACUAGAACGAUUAUCUAAAGGUGACACCAUUAUUCUCAAAGCUGGUUCGACGGUUCUUUUGUACGGCAGUUCGUAUUCAGUCCUUUCUGUAUUACAAAUAACUACGUGAUUUUCUAGUGAAAAGACGACCAUUUCAUUUGAAUUGUAUUUUAAAUUCCUCAUUUACCUGUAUAAGUUGACUUUCCGAUACUUUCGUCUUUUUUUCGUGGAUGCAGUACGUUGUCCAUUUUAUUUUUCUGUAAUUCUCUCAAGUGAAAUGAUUGGGGUUUUGAGUUCGAGUGUGAGCAGGUU